AUGGAGCUCAAGGGGCGCGCCGCCUUUGCCAAGGCGAGACGACUCACCCCAUCACCCCUCCACCUCACCCACCCUCUCCCACCCACCGCUCGCCCGCACUCCCACCGCCCGCCCGCACUCCCACCGCCGCGCCCCUCCCCUCGACCGUCCAACCCGCUCAUCCCCCAUCUCGCCCCUCCCGCCCACACGAGGCAGGUCGAUGUCAACCGCAACCACGCCACCUCCUCCGCCUGCGGCGUCCGCUCGAUGCCAACCUUCCACUUCUACCUCGACGGCAAGCUGCGCGACUCCUUUGCAGGAGAGAAAAUAUAUCUUACUCGAAGUGUCUGCGAGAGCGCGCGCACACACACACACACACACACACACACACACACACACACAGCCACACAGCCACACAGUCACUCACACACUCGCGCGCCUGCUGGUUCGCCGCCCCUUCCCGGAAGCGGCUCGGAGCCUUCUCCUGGUAGGCGCCGACUCGCGAGAUACAAUCUCCGAGAUACAAUCUCCGAGAUGACAAUCUCCCCUGGUAGGCGCCGACUCGCGCCGGCUGCAGCGAGCGGCGAGAGACCUAGCGCAGCGAGCGGAGGAGGGAGGGACGCACGUCGGGCGCGAGGUGACCGCCGCGUCGCUCGCUGCUUUCUACGCCACGCACGACGCAUCCAAGGCCGCUGA